UCACUUGGAUUGGAGGAAUAAGUGAAAUUAGUGCAAGACAACACUACAAAUCCAGUCUAUCGUUCUACGGUCACCCAAACAGAUCCUUUGAUUGUAGCGAACGGACGGAGAACCCGGUUCAGCGUCCGCCUCACUUUCCCAUCAAUUUUCUCGUUGAGCAAACAAAACCCCACCUUGAUCGUCUUGUUCCAUCACUUUUCAAGGUGGUCAGCAGUGACCCAUUAAGCCAUUAAAGCUCUUGUCUCUACAGUUUCUUAAAGGUAAGAAUUUUGUUUGAAUAUCAAACUCAAAAUUUUACUGCUCAAAAAACAAUCUAAAAUCUUUCUACGUUUUCAUUCCCAAAGGCCUUUCAGAGAUCCAAAACAGCAUCAAAACCUAAUCCUUAGUAAGAAAAUAGCGUCAAAAUAAUGUCUUGUUCAAAUUUAACCACAUGGGUAUUUUCAAAAUCUAACACAUUUUCCCUUUCAUUCUUAGACCAGAACUCAUGCCACAAUCUUCGCUAUUCAUCAUUUCUUAAAUACCCUUUUCAAUCUUCAGUAUUUACACCAAUACAUUGUGGUAUUCGCGAGCUUAAAGAACGAAUCGAUUCAGUGAAGAAUACUCUGAAGAUCACUGAGGCAAUGAAGCUUAUUGCGGCUGCGAGAGUCAGGCGAGCCCAAGAAGCUGUCAUAAACAGUAGACCUUUUACUGAAAAGCUUGUAGAAUUUCUUUAUGCUGUAAAUAAAGAGUUACAAGCUGAUUAUAUUGAUAUUCCUUUGACAAAUAUUAGACCUGUUAAGAAAGUUGCUCUUGUUGUUAUAACUGGUGAUGGAGGUCUGUGUGGUAGUUUUAACAAAGCUGUGAUCAGAAAGGCUGAAACCCGGAUGGCUGAAUUGAAAGGAAAUGGACUUGAUUGUGUUGUUAUUAGUGUAGGGAAAAAGGGUAAUGCUUAUUUCAAAAGGAGCAAUAUUCCAGUUGUCAGGAGUAUUGAAGGUGGGGGGUUUUAUAGUGUAAAAGAAGCACAAGUGAUUGCUGAUAGUGUAUUCUCGCUAUUUGUUAGUGAAGAGGUUGAUAAGGUAGAGUUAGUGUACACUAAGUUUGUGUCAUUGGUGAAAUCCGAUCCUGUGAUUCAUACUUUAUUACCUUUGUUGGUGAAAGGCGAGGCUUGUGAUGUGAAUGGGAAGUGUGUUGAUGCUAUGGAGGAUGAAUUGUUUAGGCUGACGACUAAGGAGGGGAAGUUGAUUGUUGAAAGAGAUAGUGUUAUCGUGAAUGGUGAGGGAUUAUCGCCUCUUAUGCAGUUUGAGCAGGAUCCAGUUCAGAUUCUUGAUGCAAUGAUGCCUCUAUAUUUGAAUAGUCAGAUUUUGAGGUCAUUGCAGGAAUCAGUGGCUAGUGAGGUUGCAGCGAGGAUGAGUGCCAUGAGUACUGCCACAGAUAAUGCUGUUGAGUUGAAGAAGAAUCUUUCAAUUACUUAUAAUCGGGAACGUCAGGCUAAAAUCACUUGUGAACUAUUGGAGAUCGUCGCUGGAGCUGAGGCGCUUACACUUACAGAUUAACUUUUGACACUUUUUUUUUCCUUAGUUCAAUUGCUCUGUGAGAAUUUUUCAGUUUGUUCCAAAUGCUAGUAAAGGAAUCCAUCAUUUUAGAGGCAGGUUCAUAAAUGGUAUAGAUGCCUUAUUGGAAAUAAAUACAAUUUAUGUUCUCAA